CGCCUGAGCCUCGGUCCGGGCCGCGGGGAGCGGGCGGGUGGAGGCUGGGCCGCGGAGGCCGGAGGGGAGGAGCCCGGGCCGCCGCCGCCGCCGCCGCCUUGCAGGAGGGGAGCAUGUCUGCGAGUCGAGCCAAGAAAGUGAAGAUGGCCACCAAGUCGUGCCCCGAGUGCGACCAGCAGGUUCCUGUUGCAUGUAAAUCGUGUCCCUGUGGUUACAUAUUUAUUAGCAGAAAACUUUUAAAUGCAAAACACCCAGAGAAAUCACCACCUUCUACAGAAAACAAGCAUGAGGCCAAGAGGAGGCGAACAGAGAGAGUUAGGCGAGAGAAGAUAAAUUCUACAGUAAAUAAGGAUUUAGAAAACAGAAAGAGGUCUCGAAGUAACAGCCAUUCAGAUCAUAUCAGACGAGGAAGAGGAAGACCUAAAACUGCAUCUGCCAAAAAACAUGAGGAAGAAAGAGAGAAACAGGAAAAGGAAAUUGACAUCUAUGCUAACCUCUCUGAUGAAAAGGCUUUCGUGUUUUCAGUCGCCUUGGCAGAAAUAAAUAGAAAAAUUAUCAAUCAAAGACUUAUUCUCUGAUACUUGUCUGCAAGUGUAUUGCAGCUGUCUUCAGGAUUACAUCAGCAAACUCUCUAACAGUUGAGGACUCUCAGGAGCAUGCUGACUGCAUCAAUAAGGGCCAUUGAUUGUUUUUGUUUUUUUUUUCCCCCUGUCAUUUAGCCUGUGCCACACUUUGGUAGCAAAGCUGUAGGCUGGGACCGUUCUGGGAUUUCCUUGUUUACCAAGGAGUAUUGUCAGUGUUUUGUGUUUGGGAUAUAAGUAAAUAUAUUUACCAAAAACAAAAAAAAAAAAAACAAAAAACAAUGGAUGGCUGUUAAAGGAUAAAGGUGUAGAGGUGGGAGUGGAAGAAUGAAAACGAGGGAAAUAAAAUGCUUGAUAGUUUUCAGGUUUGCCACCAGAGAUGCAAUAUUUUAAGUACUUUGAGAAAGAGUGACUUUUAAGAAUAUUAUAUUUCAGAUUUUCAGCACUAAGCAUAUAUACAGUUCAUUUACUUUUAAUAAAUUGGCAAUUGAUAUUUUAUUGAAUGGGGAGUUAAGAAUAUAAAUCGUAAAUUUUGUCUUAAAUUGAUUUUUUUCUUGGCCUUUAUUUUUAUGACUUAAGGUAUGAGUUAUAUUUUGGGAGAUACUUUCUAGACAUUUGGGAAGUUUGGGUGCUAUAUAAAGAAAAACAUUUAAGGGGAUAUAUCGUACUUCAGAUAUAAACAUCUUGUUUUCUUGAAUGUAAUUUAUUUAUUGGUUUAAAAUACCUUUUCUGCUCUCAAGAUGGUGCCUGUUAACCUAAACAUAAAAUAUAUUUAUUACAUACAAAAUAUUUCUUAGAUAGCCACUUUUAAGUAGUAAUGUUUUAUCUGAAUGGAUGUUCAUUUAUACAUCCUGAUAAUUAUUUAAAUUGUUACUUAACCUCACUCUGGAAAAAAAAUAAAUAAACCUUAAUAUUGA